AUAUAUAUAUAUAUAUACUGCAUGCAUCUGAUUUUCUAUAUCCACGUUCAUUUUAAAGCUAUAUCUCUAUUCCUUUUAAGCACUGUUUUUUUUCCCUUCGAUAUAAGUUGUCUGGUUCUGUGUUAAGUGAAGGAGAAAACCUGGUAGAGGCUGUCUCUUUAAAUCAGAUCUGCAGUGUUGAUGGACCCUCUAGCAGGCAUGGUAGGAACCAUUCUCACCUCUGCAGCAGGGAGCUUGACCAUACAGACUUAGACAUGCAAUGGAAAUGCCUUGCUUUUUUUUAAUAUGUUCUCUACCAGUCCUAUUCCCAUGGUUACAGCUCCUGCUUCCAUGGAUGCUUCCAUUCUGCUGGGAGGAAUAGGCAGAGAGAGAGCGAGAGAGAGAGAGAGAGCACACAUUCUUAGUGCUGUAGUUUAAAAGAGAAUGAAAGCAGCCCUGUUGUGACUUGCAUUUUCAAUUUUUUUCCUCCUCUCUCUCCCCUUCCUUCUUCUCUUCCUGAUGUACAGAACACCGUAGCUGUAGCUUCCAUUGAUUUGCCACAGUCUGUCUUUGCACAGUCUCUGUCCUUGCAAUCUGUUGAUAACUCCACAUGCAAGCUACAGCUCAUUGUCUUUAGGAAUGGGAAACUGUUUCCUAGCACUGGCAACUCAUCGCAUCUUGCAGAUCAUGGGAAACGUAGGACGGUCGCCACUCCAGCUGUGCUUUCAAAAAUAGAUGGGUACCGUGUCGGAAACCUCACCAACCCAGUGACAAUCGCCCUGAGACACACAGCCCAGGGAUCAGACCCCGUCGCUGCCUUUUGGGAUUUUGACCUUUUAAACGGAUAUGGGGGCUGGUGUGGAGAAAGUUGCCACAUAACCACCUCUGCGGGAAAUAUUACCACCAUUCAGUGCUCACAACUGGGGAACUUUGCAGUGCUAAUGGAUUUGAAGACUGUGCUGUCCCUCCCACAAUACCCAGGGGAGUUUCUGCACCCCGUGGUGUACGCAUGUACUGCAGUAAUGCUGUUGUGCCUCUUUGCUUCCAUUAUCACCUAUAUUGUGCAUCACAGUACAAUUCGAAUCAGUAGGAAAGGAUGGCAUAUGCUACUUAACUUCUGUUUUAAUACCGCCCUCACUUUUGUGGUGUUUGCCGGAGGAAUCAACCGAACAAAUUAUCCGAUAGUUUGUCAAUCUGUUGGAAUCGUUUUGCAUUAUUCUACUCUGUGUACAGUACUGUGGAUUGGCGUCACAGCAAGAAAUAUUUAUAAGCAAGUGACGAAAAAACCUCACACGCCUCCGAAUCCUGAUCAGCCUCCAUUGCCAAAGCAGCCAAUGAUUAGGUUCUAUCUUAUAAGUGGAGGAGUCCCUUUUAUUAUUUGCGGAAUAACUGCAGCAACCAACAUGAAAAAUUAUGGCAAUGAAGACAACACGCCAUACUGCUGGAUGGCCUGGGAGCCCAGCCUUGGUGGAUUUUAUGGCCCUGUCGCACUCAUCGUCCUGGUCACCUGUAUUUACUUUCUCUGCACUUACAUACAGCUGAAGCGGCAUCCAGAACGAAAGUACGAAUUGAAGGAAAGGACGGAAGAACAACAGAGGCUGGCAGGUGUAGAAACGGGUCACAGUCAUCUAGCUGAGCCGGGGUCAGUCUCCCAGGCAACCUGCUCUAUGAUUUCAUCGUCGUUAUUGGCAAACGAGCAUUCAUUUAAAGCUCAGCUGAGAGCAGCUGCAUUCACCCUUUUCUUGUUUACGGCAACGUGGACAUUUGGGGCUCUUGCUGUGUCUCAGGAACCUUUCUUGGAUAUGAUAUUUAGCUGCCUCUACGGAGCGUUUUGUGUCACGUUAGGGCUUUUUACUUUGAUCCAUCACUGUGCAAAACGAGAUGACGUUUGGCAUUGUUGGUGGUCUUGUUGUCCAUCAAAGAAAAAAGCAUACCCCGUGCCAGCAAAUGCCCGACAGAAAACAAACAUCAACGGGGAUGCCCAGGUCCAUACGACUUGUAUUCAGGAUUCACCAUGUCCUAAUAAAUCUCCAAUGUAUAAUCACCCACCUGCAGGACAUUGCAAACUGACCAAUAUACAGUCUACUCAAAACCACGUCAACUGCCUUUCGCCAGUCACUCCAUGCUGUGCCAAGAUCCACUGUGAACAACUUAUGGAUGAUGAAUCUCAUAUCCAUGUACAUAAUGAAAGUGCUUUUAGGCCCAACAUGCAUGUUCAUAGGUGUUUGAAAAGCAGAACUAAACCACGUUACUUUAGUCGUCAUAGGUCAGCUGCAGAGAGAGAAUAUGCUUAUCACAUUCCUUCUAGCAUUGAUGGAAGCAUACACAGUUCCCAUACAGACAGCCCACACAGUACACAUGAGGGCCACACAGGCCACAGAAGGGGAUGCUGCGGAGCAAGUGAUCCCUACCCUACAAUGAGCCAACCUGAGAGCAGUGAUGCAAGUACUGCGAUAUUUAGUUGUGGCAAAAUGCCUGAAACUGACAUUGUGCAUCAUGGAGCACAUUUUGAGCUGCAUCCCCGGAGACAAUCAUUCCCAUUCAACACAACAAACCCAAACGGAAUACUCAAGGGAAACAUGCAUGAAGCCAUGAUCUAUAGCUCAGAUAGUACAGGAAAUAUCAAAACCGGCCCUUGGAAAAAUGAAACUACUGUGUAGUUCAUGGGUUAGUAGUACGUCCGUCCUUUGAUGCUGGUAAAUCUAUAAAGCAUUUCAAGUUUACUUGUUAAGUGUUUGUACAGCACACAUCACAUUGUAUGUACAUACAACACUUAGUUCUGUUUUGUUUCUACGAACAUAAAAAAAAGCAGGCGAUGUAGCAUUUGAUUAGAGAAGACAAGGGACACUGAAAAAUAUGGAAACUGACAUAGAAGUUGCUUAUAGAAAUCGAUCUAUAUUUCAUAUAUAUAUAUAUGGAAAGAUUUCCGUAUAGCACUGUCCAAAUUGUGGAUGGAGCUGAUCUGUAAUUGCCCUUUAAAUAUGGCUGCUUUAGCCACAAUCCAAAAAGUUAAAAGUGUCUCAUGACUUCAGGGCAUAUGCUGAAAGUCAUUAUGAUGGCUUUUGGAAGAAAGACAGAGGGGCUUUGGGAGAAGAGAAGGAAUAUUAUAGAAGGAAGAGAGAACAAAGAUUUAGAAAGAGCAGAGAAGCCCCUGCAUCAUGAAUAUUCUUAUACAAAAAUGCUCAAUAACAAUGGAGUUUUUCUUACAUCUCAUCAAUUCUGCAACUUCCUUUUCGAUACUUGAGAAACUUCUAUGUCAGCAACAGUGUCCCGUUCUUAACUCACGAUAUUGUGUGAAGGUUGACUGAGGAGGCAAUAUCUCAUUUCUAUUCAGAAUUCUUAAUAUGAAGUGUGGCAGCAUUUAUUAAGUACAUCAUCCAGAAGAUCAUAUACAAGUUGCUUGCUUUCUAUCAUGUUUAGCUAAUUACAUAUGUUUAAGGAAAUCACUGCUCGAUAACCACUCUUUAAAAAAAGGGAUAAUAAAGCAAGUAUUAUUAGGGAGAGACUCUUGUCUACUUGAUAAAACUUAUUCUAGGUUUUUUAUGACAUGACUAAAAGGUGUUCUUUGUGGCACCUUGUAAACUUCCAGUAAGACUGAAGGCAAUGGCUUCCAAGGCAACUUAGUCAUUCUAGAUAACAUUACCUGCCAUAGAUUGUACAGCCAACAGCAUUUGGGGAGACAAUGAGAAAGGCACAAGUGAGCCAUCCCACAACAUAGUUAGGCUCAAUGUGAUCACCGUCAUCUAUCACCUGUGUAGCCUAUCACUUCCUAGUCUAGUUAAUGUGCAGUUCUAGCAGAGGAGGUGAGUAAUUAGUAUUUCUCAAUGCUCUUCUCCAGCAUACAAGGAGUAAGCAAGAUGUCCUUUCUACUAAGCGCCCCUGUUGCCACCUCUAUGGUUUAUCCCCAAUAGGAUGUUAAUCUGUUUGAUGUCAGCAUGAAGGGAACAUAAAACCUCUAUCUAAAAUAUGGUGGCUUCUAUAUGUGUCUAUAUAUAAUUAUUCAUGCAAUAUGUAUGGAUAAUCUCCAGAAAACAUUCCCAAGAUGCCAUGGCUAAUAAAUCAUUUGUACUGCCCCAUUUGGAUGUUGAUCACCAUAUAUUGUGAUUAAACUAUAGCAGAAUGCUUGAAAGUCCCAAUUCCACACAGUCUCUUGUGUUAAAGUGGACAUACACGCAGUACUGGAAUUGGGGAGGGAUGUCAUCCCUUCAUUUCUUUAUUUUUGUGAAAUAGCAUCCCCUUAGAGGGGAUGCAAGA